AUGUGUGUGUGUCCGCUACCAUGCAUGUGUCCUCCCGUGCCCAUCGUGCAGCGAGGCACAGAGCACAGCAUGGACGGUCUGCUGCAUCAGGUGCAGAAGCUCAAGAUGACCGAGCAGGCCCAGGCGCAGGCAUCUCCUGCAUCCCCGCUACAGAGUGCUUCACUACAGGCAUCUCCGUUAGGCUCCGGCCUUGCCAAUCAGGGCAGAGCAAUGCAUGAUAGAGAAGGGGCUGCUUCACGGUUCGACCCAUCAUCAUCUCCCGCCGUCUCACACACUCAAGAAGAUUCCACAUCAGCGGCUGUAGCGUCGUCCGAGGGAGCACCUGUAACAUCUAACAUAGGAGCAACUGUAGCAUCAAAUGUAGGCUCAGCUCUAGCACCAGCUGUAGCAUCAUCUGUAGCAGCAACCAGACGCCUCUCACUCUCCUCGUCCCCAGCGCCCUCCCCAGCCUCCUCCACUGUCCGUAGAUCGCUAGAUCUGAGUGGUAUGAGCCUCAACCCCCACGCAGCAGAGUUCGUUCCGGUCUUUGGCCCUCCUUCUACCCUCACCACUGCGUCACAAUCAGAACCGGCGGCAGCAGGAGGAGGAGGAGGAGGAGGAGGAGGAGGAGGAGCAGGAGCAGCGGGAGGUGUAGCCGGGUCUGCUGGUGCAGCAGCAGCGGGAUAUGCUUCCUUCCUGCAGGGCAGUAAUGCAGCAGAGUAUGCUUCCUCACUGCAAGCCGGGUAUGGCGGCAUGGGCAGCGGUCCAGCAGGGUACAACGGUGGGGCAGCAGCAGAUGAAACGUUUGAGGAGUGCGAGGAGGAGCUGUUGAGCCGCCUGCACCGCCAUGCAGCUAGCAUGCCCUCUCUCGAUAGCGGUCACAUGUCCAGUUCGGCUGCUGCUGGGGGUGCUGGUGGUGCUGCUCCUUCUGGCGGUCCAGACAGUUUUGACAGGCAAGGAUAUGGGUACUCCUUCCGGCAGGGCGUAGGCCCUCCUGGUGGCCCCCCUGCAGCUCAAUCCAUGGGGAAUAUUCUCGAGGAGGUUAAGUCAGACUCGGCUCUAGACCACAUUGCACCGCAUCGCACCGCUCUCAGUCUCUCCGGACCUGGCCAGCACCACCACAUGCCGCAUCGCUCGCCUGCUGGCCCUCUCAUGGGCUCCCCAGCUCAGGGACCUUCCUACGAAGCUUCCCUUGACAGGCCUUUCGAACCUUCCUAUGACCCUUCCGCUCCCUAUCACGGUCCUCCUCCCUCCCACCUGCUUCCUCGAAACGCCCCUAGCCCUGCCUGGAGACCUGCCCCAGGCCCACCUGGGUUUUCACCUGGGCCCCCACCUGGCGGGCCACCUGGCUCUGUUGGUCCCGUUCCUUCCAGCCCUGUGAUUGGCCGCGGAGGAGUACCCCAUUCUCCCAUGGGCACACCCAACAGAUACCCCCCGUAUGGCGGGGUUAACCCUAACUCUAACCACAUGAGUCCGCAACAGAGCCCUGCCAGGGGCCCUCCUCCCUACGCCUCCCCUGGAGGCCCCCUCUCCCGAUUCGGUGGUAACCCUGUAACAUCCAUGUCCAUGCCGUUACCCGGCGCUGCCUCUCCCCCUCCCCCAAUGCAUCACCCCUACAACAGCCCUGCCAGGGGUUAUCCUCCUCCCCCAAAUGCUGACCCGAGGGCCAUGCAUCCCCCACCGUUUGAACUCCCCGGUCCGGCAGGGGGAGGGGACAUGGGGGGAGGAAUGGGGGGAGGGAUGGGCGGAGGGAUGGGGGGAGGUGGGGGAAUGGGGGGGCCAGGGGGAGGGGAUGGCAUGUGGGGGGGGAAAGGCGGGGGAGUGAUAGAGAGAGCAAUGUCGAUGCCAGUUGGGUGGGGGGGACCGGAGGAAGGGGUGGGCGGCGACGAUCGGCACGAUCCUGUGCGCAUACUCGCUACAGAGUUCCCCAUGUUCAGUAUAAGCACACUGGCUGAGAUCUUCUUCUCCAACGGCGCGGAUCUCUUUCGGACCAUGGAGAUCCUCACCCAGCUGCAGCUUCAGGACGAGAUGACCCUCCCAUCGCCAACCCACCGCCGCCCGCCACCUCCCUCAGCACACCCCCCUUCCCUCGACUCUCUCGACUUCCCCUCUCUCUCCCCCCUAGACCCCCCUGCCUCCUCCUCCCCCAUGCUCCGCCCCCGCCCCUCCUCUCAAGCCCCUGACAUUCGCCCAAUGCAAGGCUCUGUUCCUGAUUUCGCCGGGGUGCUGCGAAAGCCGUUACCCCCGGGGGCAGCGACUCAGAACGCGUGGGGGGCCAACCUUUACGGAGACAUGAGGGAGGAGGCUCGGGACCAUGCGAGAAUACGAAAUGCGUGCUUCGAGCAGGCCACGCAAGCUUACUUGGCGGGCAACAAGGCAGCAGCCAAGGAGCUGAGUGCGCGGGGGCAGUGGCACAACGAGCAGAUGAAGGCAGCACAUGCCAAGGCCAGCGAUGCCAUUUUCCGCACCCGCAACGCCGCGUCAGGCUACCUGGGUGGAGGGGCAGGAGAAGGAGGAGAGGCGCGGGUGUUGGAUCUGCACGGGCUGCAUGUGGGGGAGGCGAUACCCAUGCUGAAGCGCGAGAUAGCCGCCAUGCGGAGCGCUGCUCGCUCCACACAACAGAGACAGCAGGUGUACGUGUGUGUGGGCACGGGCCACCACACCAAGGGCCGAGCGCCCCCUCGCCUGCCACUGGCAGUGGAGCGGUAUUUGGUGGAGGAGGAGCGAGUUCAGUUCAUGGAGACACAGCCCGGCAUGCUGAGAGUGGUGGUGUAA